CUGGUUGGAUCGGACCGGAUAUCGCUGGCGGCGGAGGAGGAGGUGAAGCUGAAGCUGAAGCUGCUGCGAGGCGGGUCGUGCUAUGUUGCUGAGGCCGGCUUGUUGCCGGCUCUCGUCGACCCGCACUGGCAAAAAUCGGGGCGAAGGGCGGCCUCGUUUUACUAUCCUGUCUGUCAUCCUGUCUAUUUCUUGGUGAACAAUGAGGAGUUGCUCUGUGCCUGGAAGGAGCUGUCUUCGGGCUGAGAUGUUUCCUCGGCUACUGACUGACAUUGUCUACCCCUUGCAACGCCAUUUGUCUAGUAGCUGCCGGAGGGGAAGCUCAACAGCACCUGUGUCAAAUGUGAGCCCAUUGCCUUCCCAGGCCCAUGUUGUGAUUUGCGGAGGAGGAAUUGUUGGUUCAUCAGUGGCAUAUCAUCUCUCCAAACUGGGCUGGAAUGAUGUUGUGUUACUGGAGCAAGGGCGGUUGGCUGCAGGAACUACCCGGCUCUGUGGUGGCAUUGUAAGCACCGUCAAGCACAUCAGCAUAGAAACAAAGAUGGCUGACUAUUCAAACAAACUUUACCAGCGAUUGGCGCAAGAAACUGGUGUCCAGACAGGUUACAUCCAGACUGGUUCAAUCUCACUGGCUCAUACUCAGGACAGACUCAUCUCCCUGCGUCGUCUCGUCUCACGAUUACAGGUUAUGGGAAUCCCUUGUGACAUCAUCAGUCCGAAACAAGUAGCACAGCUGCACCCCCUGGUAAAUAUUCAUGACCUGGUGGGAGCAAUGCAUGUCCCAGGGGAUGCAGUCAUCUCCCCACCGGAUGUUGUUCAGGCACUCGUGACAGCUGCUGUACACAAUGGUGUCCAGAUAUAUGAAGGGACCAGUGUCAGUCACGUGAUGGUUGAGAAGGGUCAUAUAACUGGAAUUGAAACUGACAGAGGGCAUAUAGAAUGUGAAUACUUUGUGAACUGUGCAGGCCAGUGGGCCUAUGAGCUCAGCUUAAUGAGUGAUGAGCCCGUGACUGUCCCACUGCAUCCCUGUGAGCACUUUUACCUGGUGACACGGCCACUCAAGCAGGGGCUGCGCCCUGACACGCCAGUAAUCGUGGAUCUGGACGGUAGGAUCUAUGUCCGCAACUGGCAGGGUGGUGUGCUCUCUGGGGGCUUUGAAAAGAACCCAAAACCUAUCUUCACGGAGGGCAGAAACCAACUGGAAUUCCAAAGCAUGCUUGAGGACUGGGAUCACUAUGAGCCGCUGCUGAGUGCAUUGCUACGACGGAUGCCAUCCCUAGAGUCAGCUGAGAUCCUGCAGUUAGUGAACUGCCCAGAAUCCUUCACUGCUGACAUGAGGUGCAUCAUGGGAGAGUCAGCAGCUGUGCAGAACUACUUUGUUUUGGCAGGAAUGAAUUCCAGUGGCUCGUCCUUCGCAGGUGGAGCUGGGAAAUACUUGGCUGAAUGGAUGGUGCAUGGAUACCCCUCAGCAAAUGUCUGGCCAUUGGAUAUCAAACGCUUUGGGGCGCUUCAAAGCAGCCGCACAUUCCUCCGUCAUCGUGUCAUGGAAGUGAUGCCUCUAAUCUAUGAACUGAAGGUUCCUCGUUGGGACUUCCAGACUGGCCGACAGCUCAGGACCUCUCCCCUGUAUGAUCGCCUGGAUGCACAAGGCGCGCGUUGGAUGGAAAAGCAUGGUUUUGAGAGAGUCAAGCACUUUGUCCCGCCUGGAAAGGAUUUGUUGGAAUUAGACCAGAGUAAGACCUUCUACAAACCAGACUGGUUUGAUAUUGUAGGAGCAGAGGUCAAGUGCUGCAAGGAGGCUGUUUGCGUCAUUGAUAUGUCAUCUUUCACCAAGUUUGAACUCAGUUCCUCAGGUGGCCAGGCACUAGAGAUAUUGCAGCACCUCUGCUCCAAUGACUUGGAUGUUCCUGUGGGACACAUUGUGCACACAGGAAUGCUGAAUGAACGGGGCGGCUACCAGAAUGACUGCAGCGUCGUGCGACUUAACAAACGCAGCUUCUUUAUCAUCUCUCCCACGGACCAACAGGUACACUGUUGGUCUUGGCUGAAACAGCAUAUGCCCAAAGACAGUCAGCUGCAGCUGGAGGACGUGACCUGGAAGUACACAGCAUUGAAUUUGAUUGGCCCCCGUGCAAUGGAUGUCCUUUCCGAAUUGUCUUAUGUGCCAAUGACUCCAGAUCAUUUCCCGUCAUUAUUCUGUAAGGAGAUGAGUGUGGGUUACGCUAAUGGUAUCCAGGUGAUGAGCAUGACACAUACAGGAGAGCCUGGCUUCAUGCUGUACAUCCCAAUCGAGUAUGCACUUCACGUCUACAAUGAAAUUAUGAAUGUGGGGCAGAAGUAUGGAAUCCGGAAUGCUGGGUACUAUGCACUGCGCAGCCUGCGGAUCGAAAAGUUCUUUGCGUUCUGGGGUCAAGACUUGGACACGUUUUCAACACCAUUGGAGUGUGGUCGUGAAUUUCGAGUCAAGUUUGACAAGGGGACUGAUUUUAUUGGCCGUGAAGCUUUGUUGCACCAAAGACAGGAGGGGGUUUGCCGUCGGUUCACCAUGUUUAUCCUGGAUGAUCAUGACACUGACCUUGACCUUUGGCCUUGGUGGGGAGAGCCUAUCUACAGGAAUGGCCACUACGUUGGCAUGACAACCAGUAGUGCUUACAGUUACACGCUGGCCCGCCACGUCUGUUUGGGCUUCGUUCACCAGUAUGAUGAAGACACUGGAGCCAAACUGGUGGUGACCCCAGACUUCAUCAAUCGUGGUGACUAUGAGAUUGAGAUUGCCGGACAGCGCUUCAGGGCAAAGGCCAAACUUUACCCAUUCAGUUCCCUGUUUACACAGAAGAGGAGGAAGGAUGAGAUGGAACUAAGCAGCUUUCAGGGGAAGUAAGAGCCACAGCAGCACCUUUGAGUCCAAGGUGGCAAUGGGUCAGUCAUGCACUGCCCAGGAAGGAGAGUGGGGGAAGCUGAAGCCCAUUAUACCAGUGUUGGUGUGCAAAGCUAAUUUCCUCAAUCCCUCACAGAUUCUGUGUGUGUGUGUGUGUGUGUGUGUGUGUGUGUGUGUGCGCGCGUGCGCAAGCGUUUGUGUGUGCAGGCCCCACUCCUGGGUUUAAUGUACAGUGGAAAAUGCUGCUCUUUGUUCUGAGGAAAAGCGAGUGUCGUUUUGAGAGUGGAAUUCAGAGUUGUCUGUACCUUAUAGUCUCUCUCUCUUCUAGCGCCCAGGCCUAUCCUUUACUGAUGGCACAGGCCUCUGGAAUAGUGGGCAUAGGUUGAGGAGUACUUAACCACACCUCCAAUUUGGAAGUGAAACACUGAAUUAAGUACCCUGAUUCAAAAUGUUCUUUCUCUUGUUUUCCCUGCAGAAUAAUGCCAGCAGUGUAGUUUUUAUCGAGUUUCCAGGAGCCAAAUGUGUGAAUGCAGCCUGAAACUCUAGGCUAAGAUCCUGCUAAGUCUGCAGUGCCUCUUCACAAUUUUUUAUCAGAGCUUGAUUACAAGGGUAUUGUUAAAGGGAAACUCUAAGAGCACAACAGUAGUAUUUAGCUGACUUGCUUAUUAACCCAGUCAACAUUCCACCCAUUCAGAGUGGAAUGUUUAUUAUAUUCACCCUGAAGUGAUUAAAGGCAAUAAAUAUAAAGGUAAUUUUAAAAAUUAUUUGUUGCAUAACAAAUUGAACGUGAGCUAGGAUUUCAGUUUUGUGAUGAAUUUGUAGGAGGAGGAAGUAAAUGAAAAUGACUUUUCCCAUAGUCACACUGCUGUUUUGGCAGGGAGAGAUGGACCACUGUUUAACACAACUCAGUGAUGUUACUUCUAUUAAAAUUAGAUUACCUUCCUUCAAAAUAGCCAUUUCUAAAUGUACAGUGAAAGAUAGGAAGAAAAAGCUGAUCCAUUGAGCCUGUCCCAUUUGUGUGGUUCAAUCUGCUUGUAUCAUUCACCCCAUCUGCAUUUAGGCUGCAUACAAUGAAUCUGCACUUGCUCUUCAAGUGAGUCACUUCACAGUGCGCUGUAAUAUAGUCCAGGAGCAUCUCUCAUCUGAAACGUGUUAGCCAAUCCCAACUGUGGUACGGCAGAUUAAGGUGUCCAAGGGCUAUGUCAGAUAUGAGUGGAGAAAAUCAGGAUCUUCCGUUUGUGUUUGUGGGUUGUGAACAACACUGGUGAGACUGCAUUUAUUGGCCAUCCAUAUUUUAGGGUUCCUACAAACUCGGUCUGUUCAAAUUGGAGGACUUUUCAAGGUAAAUUUUUCAUUUUCAAGGACUUAUCUUGGGGCAAAAUGGCCUGAUAUGGAGCAUAUGUAUUCAACCAUCUUAGGGUGGGCUUGUAGAAAAUUCACAUUUCCUCUUUCAAGUCAUGAAGAUCCUUGAACAGUCAGAAAAUGUAUGUGUGGACUUGAAAUGGCCAACCUUUUCCCUUGAUGAUCAAUAGAGCUUUUCCUUUUUACCAGAAUCAUGGAAACUUCUAUGGCCAAUUUAGCUUAUGCAAUCAGUAGAGAUCUGGAUUGUCCUGACUCAUGCUAUUGAAAGGAUAGUCAAGUACGAAAUGUUCUUUCCCUUGCAAAAUUUCAAUCAUGAGGUAAUAUGUUCCUAGCCUCUGACCUCUUGUAACCACAGUAUUUAUAUGGCUAUUCCAGUUCAGUUUCUGGUCAAUGGUAACCACAC